AUGCUGGAGAAACACAGCAUGAAGGACUCGGACAAUGUGAGGGUUGUGGUGAGAUCUAGGCCUCUCAGUGACAGGGAGGUUGAGACACACAGCAAGAUUAUAGUCACGGUUGAUGAAGUCAGAGGUACAGUGACGGUGAAAAACCCUCAAGACUCCCCAAGUGAACCAGCAAAGGCUUUCACAUUUGACAUUGUCUUUGGGCCAGAUUGUAAACAACUGGAUGUCUACAACAGAGUGGCCAGGCCUGUUGUUGACUGUGUGCUCACUGGGUACAAUGGCACAAUCUUUGCUUAUGGUCAGACUGGGACAGGGAAAACAUUCACCAUGGAAGGUCUGAGAGCUAUCCCAGAGAAGAGAGGGAUUAUACCAAACUCCUUUGCUCACAUCUUUGGUCACAUUGCUAAAGCUGAAGAUAAUGUCAGGUUUUUGGUUCGAGUCUCAUACUUGGAGAUAUACAAUGAGGAAGUCCGAGAUUUGCUGGGCAAGGACCAGCAGCAGCGACUUGAGGUGAAAGAGAGACCAGAUGUUGGUGUCUACGUCAGGGACUUAUCUGCCUUUGUUGUCAAUAAUGCUGAUGACAUGGACCGAAUUAUGAUUUUAGGAAACAAAAACAGUAAGUCAUGUUGUUUCUUGCUCAACUUGAGUUGU